GAAGAGGGAGGAGAGAGAGAGAGAAAGAGUGGUAUGAGGGAGAGGGAGGAGAGACAGAAAGGGAGAGGCGAACUCAUUCUGCUACCAGUGCUUUGUGCGCUCAUCUCCAUGCCAGUACCGCUCUGCGACGCUCCUAUACACUCAAACACACACUGAGCAUCUGCACGCGACACACUGUGAUCCCGACGGCCGCACUCACCAACAAAAGGAGCUGUGUGGUCGCUGAGUGGGAGCGGCAUGGAAUGGAACCUCAGAAGGAUGGACAGCGAACAGUCAAACCCAGACCUUCUGCAGCCCAGCAAGAGCUUUAAGAAGCCCUCCUCAGGCACCAUCACGCUCAACGUGGGGGGCUUUCUGUAUGCCGCACACCGCACCACACUCUGCCGUCACCAGGGGUCAGUGUUGGAGGAGCUGGCCAGUGGCAGGAGGCCAGUCCAGCACACGGACUCCAUGGGCAACCCCUUCAUCGACCGCGACGGCCCCGUGUUCCGGCACAUUCUCAACUUCCUGCGCAUCGGAGACCUGCAGCUGCCGGACGACUUCAGAGAAUCGGGCCUCCUGAGGCGGGAAGCAGAGUUCUAUCGCCUCGGUGGACUGGUGGAGGCCAUUUCGGAGUGGGAGGGGCAGCGGGCAGCCCAGCGCGAGCCUGCCUUCCUGGAACUGACUGACGAGAGGUCGCAGGGAUUCAAGGUUUACUGCAGUGACCCCACCUUCAUCGACAAGGUUAAAGGUCGGCUGGUUCUGAUCUCAAAGAGUCGCCUGGACGACUUUCCAGAAGAGUUUGAGGUGUCAUCCAACUUAAUCCAGUUCCGCCACUUCAUUAAGUCGGACCCAGGCUCCAGGCUGGUGCUGAAGCAGGACAGUACCUUUGUGUGCACCUUGGAGUGUCUGAAGCUGGAGACGGUGAUGCUGGCCCUGAAAGCUGGUUUCACUUUGAUCUCCUCUCUGGACAGCACCAAGGGAUCUGUGGUGGCCGCCGACGCUUUGCACUUUGUCAAGUAAGAGAAAAAGGGGAAAAGGUUCAGAGACGGGCGUGGAGUCAGAGAGGGAGUGAGAGAGGGAAUGAGAGGGGGAGAGGGAAGAGGGAGGCGAAGACCGAGAGACAGCUGGGCAGUGAAUGCUUGUGAAAAUUGUUGCUAGCGACGGGCAUUCACAGCCUUUUUGGUGAAUUUCCUAAUUAGGCUUGAUUCACUUAAAAGACCUGGCUCAUUUGGCUUGAUUCACUUAAAAGACCUGGCUCAUUUGGCUUGAUUCACUUAAAAGACCUGGCUCUUUGGCUUGAUUCACUUAAAAGACCUGGCUCAUUUGGCUUUCCUUUGAGAACGACAAAACAACAAAGAAUUUGAAAAAUAUCUAAAAGAUGGAGAAAAUAAGACUAAUCUCUAAUGUAAAUCCACAAAAGUAGGCUACAUAAUAUAUCAUCAGAUAGUGAAGUGCAUUCAAAUCCAUAAUGGUUUCUUCCAUGUGGAUUCAGCCUGGAUCUUUUGAGUAAGAAAAGCAAAACAAUAUAGAGUUGCAGAACACAAAUCAGGGAGACAGCGGAAGGGCUCUUUCAGUGUUGAGGCAAUUCCUGACAUUCACCAAAAAGAACAGCUAAAGGAAGGACCGGUGAAAUCUAGAAAGCAAAGGGAAGGGGAAGUGUCUGAAUCCAGAUGAACCUCCAGUCCCCAGGCUGGAACGGACAGUCUGGAACCCAACUGUCCAGAGAUAGCGUUUACAUCCCUGACCACGCUCAAUACCACAAGAAAACACAUGUCCUAAGAAGGAACAGUCUCCUACUGGAUUACACAUUCAUCAAACAGCUUUCUCCGUCCUGGCUGAGAUCCAUUCAUACCAGCCUUUUGUGCACCGUGAAGUAUUACUGGGUGUGUGUGUGUGUGUGUAUCCACGCGUGUGUGGGUGGGUGUGCGCGUGUGAUCAGAUGCUGUGUUUAGUAGCGGUGUUCUAGUUUUGAUUUUGCAAGCCUGUCUCUGGAUUCUGAGCGGAGCAGUACCACAGGACAGUGACUGACAGAAUGUGGCUGAUCGUUGGACAAAAACGAUUGUUUUAUUCUGGGAACCUUCUCACACAUGGGAGGGAGGUCAGUGUGGAUGCCUUGCAGCAUAGAUGCCUCGAGGGUUCAGGCACAAGGGUUCAAAUCUAGAAUGAUGCAUGUGUAGUGAAGAUUUUCAACUCAAAAACCAACGUAGUACAUGUCUGAUUGCUAGUGCUGUGAGUGAGUAAGUGAUAAUGUGUGUUAUUUUUGGAAAUGUGAAUGUUUUGGUUUACACAAAAUAAAAGUAUUGAA